UCUACUUCCGGUUCACGUCAUGCAAUAUCUGUGUACUCAAGCAAGACUCGAGUCCUUUCGUGUAUCCUUUUUCUAACCAAACCCGCUCUUUCAACGCAUUCUUAUCGCACAUCACUGAAGAUCUUCACUCUGAAAUGUACGAUCCCACCCAGGUUCUACAGGAGGAGAUGCUGUAUAUCAAAAAAGAGUCGGAGCCAGAGAUCCCCAACAUAAAAGAAGAAGAACAGGAAGAUGAAAUUACCAAGUUUCCAAUGACUGUCAGUGUGAAGAUUGAAGAAGAUGAAGGUCCAAAUGAAGCAGCGGAACCUUCCGGCGACAGCUCAUUUCAUCACCUGAAACCAAAAGGUGAGGGGCGAUCGCAACCGGACGGCCUCUUAGCCCCACUCUCGGACAGCGACGACGUCACAUCACACUCUUCUGACACUGACACUAACGAGGAGGAUGUUGAUUUUGACCCAAAGUGUUCAAAAUCUUCAAACAAAUCAUCACUGGAAAGAGGCGCAAAAGAAUGCACGGGUGGGAAAUCGUUUGGCUGCUCGCAUUGCGAUACAAGUUUUUCUCAGAAGAGACUGUUAGCAAAACAUGACAAGUGUACCGCAGACGUCACUAUUGAAGAGCUUCACCCUCAGAAGCACGAUCUCCUCCACGUUAAACAGGAGGUGUCGGAGAUGCCGUACAUCAAACAGGAGGCGGAGCCACAGACCCCCAGCAUUAAAGAAGAACAGGAAGAGGAAAUCCCUAAGUUUCCAAUGACUGUCAGGGUGAAGAUUGAAGAAGAAUGUCAAAGCGACAGCUCAUUUCAACACCUGACAACAAAAGGAGAGGGACAAUCGCAACCUGACGGUUUGUUAGCGCCGCUCUCAGACAGUGACGACAUAACUUCACACUCUUCUGAUUUCGACACUGAUGAGAAGGAUAAAGACUUUGACCAAAAUGCUUUAAAAUCCUUAAAGAAGUCCUCAUUGAAAAGACGCACAAAAGUGGUUGGGAAACCUUUUACCUGCUCACUUUGUGAUAAAACAUAUUCUCUGAAACAUCACUUAAAAAGACACAUGCUUACACACACCGGGGAGAAGCCUUUCGCUUGCUCAUUUUGCGAUAAAAGAUUCAUUGCGAAAAAAGAGUUAAACGAUCACACAAGAACACACACUGGAGAGAAGCCUUUUCCCUGCUCAGUUUGCCAAAAAAGAUUCUCUACGAAAGGACUACUAGCCCGUCACGUUAUAACACACACUGGAGAGAGGCAUUUUGCGUGCUCAGUUUGUGAUAAAAGAUACUUCAGAAAGUCACAUUUAAUCACUCACACAAUGACACACACUGGAGAGAAGCCUUUUCAAUGCGCAUCUUGUGGUAGAGCAUUCACUUUUAAGGGAUGUUUAAAGAGACACACAAGGAAACAUACUGGAGAGAAGCCUUUUGUCUGCACAGCUUGUGGUAAACGAUAUACUGAGAAGAGACUUUUAGACAGACACACACUCACACACACGGGAGAAAAGCCUUUUGUCUGCACAAGUUGUGGUAAAAGAUUCCUCGAGAAAGCAGAUUUUAUCAACCACACAAGAACACACACUGGAGAGAAGCCUUUUGCCUGCUCUUGCUGCGAUAAAAGAUUUUGUACAAAGCAAGAGUUAAGAAGUCACACGCGUACACACACUGGAGCGAAGCCUUUUGCCUGUUCUCGUUGCUAUAAAAGAUUUUCUACGAAGCGAGGGUUAAAAAGACACACGCCUACACACACCGGGUGAACAGGCUUUUCUCUGCACACUUUGUGGCAAAAGAUUUACAAGUAGCUGCUGAUACAUGCUAAAUCUUUUGUUAUUGCUGUAGCAGUUAGCGUCCGCACAUCAUCUAAAACAAUCACAUAAACUCGCCCUAAGUAUCCGACCACUAUUGGAAACGCACAUUAAAGUGUACAAAAGGGUUAUCAGACUAAUUAGCAAUUUAAAAAUAAGUAGUAAACUGAUGAGAUUUUUUUUCGUUGAAGCCUUUGGUUAAAAUUUGGAUAUAAUUUUCACAUGUUAAACUGUAUAUAUGUUUUUAUUAUGUUUUUUUUUUUUUUUUUUUUUAUGUAACCGUGAUGAUUGCAUCUGUAUGUGUCAAUUUUUUGUCAACUGUUUUGUGAAGCAUAUGUUUGUAUGCAUGUAAAUUCGAAAAAGAUAUUGACAUAAAGGAUAUAUAGAGAGGUAAUUUUUUAUUUGUAUUUAUUUUCUUUUUUGUGUUGGUUUUUGUCUCCACUCUAGGUGUGUUUAACUGUUUGUCAGAAUGGCAUAAUUUUAGUCUGUAACUGCCUGAUUUGGUACCAAUCGGUCAACCCAGGAGAUGGCGGUAAUGCCCCUUGAUACGAGGGGUAAACUGCCAGCAAAACACAAGAAGAAAUAAUAUACAUUGCUAUGUACGUGUUGGAUUAAUAGAUAAAAAACAAAAUCUGGCCGUGGUAGUGGGGUGAUUACAAAAAAAAAAAAAAAACAUCCAACGAUUAUGCCAUGGAUGGAAGUAGUGAUGAGAACUUGAAACUGAAACUUAAAAACCUGCUCCGAACCGAUGACGUAUAUUUUCAAUGAACCGCUGCACCGGAAGCACGCUCUCUUGACCUAUCCGGGACUUGCCGUUCUUUCGUUUUCACUUCUCCAAACCAAACGAGCUCCUUCAAAGUAUCCUCAUCGGAUGCAACAAAAUAAUCCUGACCGAAGGCGAACGCAAUCAAAAACAUCAAGUUAAAGAGGAGAGACGUGGAAGAUGAGGUGAGGAAAUCCAGGCCACGAACAGCAACUUUAAAAAGAAAAUGAGGUGUCCCGUAGACGUCACUAUGAAAGAGCUUCACCCUCAGAAGCACGAUCCCCUCCACGUUAAACAGGAGGUGUCGGAGAUGCCGUGCAUCAAACAGGAGCAGGAGCCAGAGACCCCAAGUAUUAAAGAAGAAGAACAGGAAGAGGAAAUCCCCAAGUUUUCAAUGACUGUCAGUGUGAAGUGUGAAGAAGAUGAAGGUCCAUGCGAAAAGAGUGGAGCAGCGAAUUCUUCGCGCGACAGCUCAUUUCAACACCCGACAACAAAAGGAGAGGGACGAUCGCAACCUGACGGUUUGUUAGCGCCGCUCUCGGACAGUGACGAUGUAACUUUACACUCUUCUGAUUUUAACAAUGAUGAGGAGGAUAAGGACUUUGACCAAGAUGCUUCAAAAUGCUUAAACAAGUCCUCACUGAAAAGAAGCACAAAAGUGGUUGGGAAACCUUUUACCUGCUCACUUUGUGAUAAAACAUUUUCUCAGAAACAUCUCUUAAAAAGACACAUGCAUACACACACCGGGGAGAAGCCUUUCACUUGCUCAUUUUGCGAUAAAAGAUUCAUCCGGAAAACAGGUUUAAACGAUCACACUGCAAUACACACUGGAGAGAAGCCUUUCGCCUGCUCAAUUUGCGAUAAAAGAUUCAUCAGGAAAAAACAUUUAAUCAGUCACACAAGAACACAUACUGGAGAGAAGCCUUUUCAAUGCACAUUUUGUGGUAGAGCAUUCACUUUGAAGGAAUCUUUAAAGAGACACACAAUGAAACACACUGGAGAGAAGAAGCCUUUUCAAUGCACAUCUUGUGGUAAACGAUAUACUGAGAAGAGACAUUUAAACACACACACACUCACACACACUGGAGAAAAGCCUUUUGUCUGCACAAAUUGUGGUAAAAGAUUCAUCACGAAACACGAUUUUAUCAACCACACAAGAACACACACUGGAGAGAAGCCUUUUGCCUGCUCUCGCUGCGAUAAAAGAUUUUGUAAGAAGCAUGAUUUAACAAGACAUACACGUACACACACUGGAGAGAAGCCUUUUGCCUGUUCUCGUUGCUUUAAAAGAUUUUGUGUUAAGCAAGGGUUAACAAGACACACACAUACACACACUGGAGAGAAGCCUUUUGCCUGUUCUCGUUGCUGUAAAAGAUUUUGUUCGAAGCAAGCGUUAACAAAACACACGCGUACGCACACCGGGUGAAAAGGCUUUUCUCUGCACACUUUGUGGUAAAAGAUUUACAAGUAGCUGCUGAUACAUGCUAAUCUUUUGUUAUUGCUGCCUCACAUAGCAUCCUCACAUCAUCUGAAACAAUCACGUAAACUCGACCUAAGUAUUCGACCACUAUUGAAAACGCACAAUAAACGGUACAAAAGGGGUUACAGUGGGCCAAAUAAGUAUUUAGUCAACCACUAAUUAUGCAAGGUCUCCCACUUGAAAAUAUUAGAGGCCUGUAAUUGUCAACAUAGGUAAAACUCAACCAUGAGAGACAGAAUGUCGGGGGGGAAAAAAACAAAUCUCAUUGUUUGAUUUUUAAAGAAUUUAUUUGGAAAUCAUAGCGGAAAAUAAGCAUUUGGUCAAUGCCAAAAGUUCAUCUCAAUACUUUGUUAUGUACCCUUUGUUGGCAAUAACGGAGGCCAAACGUUUUCUGUAACUCUUCACAAGCUUUUCCACACACUGUUGCUGGUAUUUUGGCCCAUUCCUCCAUGCAGAUCUCCUCUAGAGGAGGGAUGUUUUGGGGCUGUCGUUGGGCAGCACGGACUUUCAACUCCCUCCACAGAUUUUCUAUGGGGUUGAGAUCUGGAGACUACCUAGACCACUCCAGGACCUUGAAAUAUUUCUUACGAAGCCACUCCUUUGUUGCCCUGGCUGUGUGUUUGGGAUCAUUGUCAUGCUGAAAGACCCAGCCACGUCUCAUCUUCAAUGCCCUUGCUGAUGGAAGGAGAUUUUCACUCAAAAUCUCUCGAUUCAUGGCCCCAUUCAUUCUUUCCUUUACACCAGGGGGGUCCAAACAUUUUGCAAAGGGGGCCAGAUUUGGUGUGGUAAAAAUGUGGGAGGCAGACCUUGACUGACAUACUUUACGUAGAUCAAUAUAUUUAAGCAAAUUUUAGCAAGCCAUUCUGUGUGUCACAUUUGCUUUAUUAUUGUUAUAAAUUAAUAAUUUCAACAAUCUCGCAACUAGCCUUUGUGGCGUUCUUUCGAUUCUCGGGAUCUUGCGAAAUACUGCUGCUGUGAAAUGAAGCUAGCUUCAAGUUUCUUCAAUUUCUCGCUGCGUAUCUUCUAGUGUUGCACCGAUACCAUUUUUUGGCCCCGAUACCGAUACCUGACUGUGCAGUAUCGGCCGAUACCAUACCGAUACCACCCCGUUUAUAUAUAUAUAUAUAUAUUAGGGCUGUCAAAAUUAUCGCGUUAACGGGCGUUAAUUAAUUUUUUAAAUUAAUCACGUUAAAAUAUUUGACGCAAUUAACGCACUAGGCCCGCUCAGACAGAUUUAAAUGUCAGUACAGUGAAAGGCCAACUUGUUAAUUGUGUUUUAUGGAGUUUUUCCGCCCUCUGCUGGCGCUUGGGUGUGACUUGCAUAUAUUAUGUGGCGUAAUGUCGCCCUCUGCUGGCAAUUCAGUGCAGCUGAUUAUUUGGGUUUCGGCGCGCUUUUCUGACGUAAUUAUAUGUCGACGCGAACUCACACUAAUAGACAGUGCUAUUCAGACCAGCUAACGUCUGCAUCCAGUAUUCAGUGGCAGUACUCAUAGCCCCAUCACACUGUUUGUGUCUAAUACAUGCAUCGCUUGUGAGUUAUAUUCCUCCUUUGUUUAUAUUCAUGAGCAUUAGAUAGUUAUUGAUGAUGUGUAUUUGAAUUUGUUCACAUAUAUGGUGAAAUGCAGUUACAUUGUUAGAUGCUUGUGAGCUAAUUGGCUAGUGCUACUGCUCAAAUGGACACGUGUGUGUACGUUUUAUGUUAUUUUGUGAUUUAUGCAAGUUAUUGACACAUUGCCUUGUUAUUUUCAGUUUUACAAAAAUACAAGAAACGUGCUCCUGUCAAAAAGAGAUUCACUUCAGUAAAGCCCAUGCAACUUUGCCACACCGUCUGAUUUCUUUUUGGAACUUAUGUUCGCUAUCUGUCAAUUUGUGUACUCACACACAUUGAGGACAGAAUAGGGCUACUAGUUUAUUUUUUGAUUGAAAAUUUUACAAAUUUUAUUAAAACGAAAACUUUAAGAGGCGUUUUAAUAUAACAUUUCUAUAACUUGUACUAAUAUUAAUCUUUUAAGAACUACAAGUCUUUCUAUCCAUGGAUCACUUUAACAGAAUGUUAAUAAUGUUAAUGCCAUCUUGUUGAUUUAUUGUUAUAAUAAACAAAUACAGGCCUUAUGUACCGUAUGUUGAAUGUAAAUAUUCCAACAAUAAUUUACAGAAAAAUAUGGCAUAUUUUAUAGAUGGUUUGAAUUGUGAUUAAUUGCGAUUAAUUACGAUUAAUUAAUUUUUAAGCUGUAAUUAACUCGAUUAAAAAUUUUAAUCGUUUGACAGCCCUAAUAUAUAUAUAUAUAUAUAUUUUUUUUUUUUCCAAAGAGCUACAUAAUUGGAUGUGAAAUGAUUGCUAUCAAGGCUUUGUCAGGCUGUUGCUUACCUUUGCAAAAUAGGAAAAAGUACACUAAACCCUAGUAGACAAUAGUUGAAUAAACCUUUGGCUCUCAAUGGCCAAAAUAGUGCUAAAUUUGUGAAAUUAAUAAAACAUGUAUAAUACUAGCCCAACAGUAAGAAAGUAAAAAUAAAUUCAUAAUAAUAAACUCUGAAUGAACUGAAUAAACUUUUUUAAACCUCUCAAAGUCCAAGCAGUGCAACUUUCAUGAAAUUAUUGUCACAUUCUGCUGCUGGUUAGAUUGUGUUUUGUUGCUGGGCGUGGGGGCGUGGCACUUGAAUCCAAUGCAGGCUCAUCAACGCAGCAUUUAAGCACGGGUGAUCUCAGAGAAGGCUGCUGAGAUAUUUGCCUUGCUGAUCGCUAUUUGACAUCUGGCACAAUAAUCUCGCUACAUUUGAUUGUUAUGCCCCUGCAUUGGGUUUUUCUGUUAGUGUGCUGCUCUCGUUUGUAACCGCUGCCUAUCGUCUUAGUUUGUCCGUCGACCUGCUGUCACGGACUCCUUUUGUUAUUUCUACUAUCCCGCGAUCGCGUGUUAUUUUUUGUUUGCAAUCAUUAAACCCUUUUAUGUAUCCCCCGCUUGUUGUCUGCUUCGAGGUUCAACCUUGUUUCCGCAUUUGCAGACGCUAACAAUUAUAAGUAAUAAUAAUUGACCACAGCAUCCCGUCUCUCCUUUUUUUCGGGAGGUGGGAGUCCCUUAUUUCUAUUUCUGAAAGGUGGCAACAAUACUUUGGAAACACUUCCCAAAUUACUGCGGCAUUUCUUUCAGUAAAAGACAAUAAAAGUAAAGUAGACGAAGUGAACUGACCAGAGAUUGUAGCUCCGGUCCAGCGGCCUUCUUCCUCUGGAUAGCAGUCCUGCUCUUGCAGGCUCAAACUUGUUGUGUUCGUUCACGUUUCGUCUUCAAAUGUUUUAUCAAGUUCGAGGUACUGAAACUGGCCGAUUUAACUCCACAUCUCCAAACUUUCAGGCCGCAAAUCUUGCAUGCAGCCAUUGAUUUUAAUCGACAGGAUUUCUAUUUGGAAAUAUUUCCCGACCGCCCGCCGCCAUAUUUCCUGGUUUGUUUUUCGUCCAUAUAAAAAAAAAAAGCCCCCUUUUGAUUGGUUAGGAGUGGCUAUUGGCCCGCUCUCAUUGGUCUGGAGCAGGCCAAUAGCGAUAGCUGCUUGGUGUUCACGUGUCAUCACACAACACAGAGACAGAGUGUAGUGAGCGCCAGGAGGAGAAAAAGGCUGUGGUCAAUUGUUAUAAUAAUGGACCGGUAAAUGGUAUCGGCGCCGUCUUUGUUGGUACUCGCCGAUACCGAUACCACCAUUUCGGGCCGGAUCGGCGCCCCCUGCCGAUACUAGUAUCGGUGCAUCUUUAGUAUCUUCCCUGUAAUCGUGUCAUACAUGUCAGCGUGUCUUGUUUGGUAUUAUCGCCUCACAUUAAACUCUUUAAAAACAGCGACUGUUUCUUCGCAAAUGAGCAGUGUUGUAACGCAUUACUAAGUAACGCGUUACUGUAAUCUGAUUACUUUCUCUCAGUAACGAGCAAUCUAACGCGUUCAUUUUUCCAAGCCAGUAAUCUGAUCAAAGUUAGUUUCCUCGGUGCCUGUGCGUUACUAUUUAAUUGUUGCUUCAUACUGUAUGUAGAAUGAAGAAUAUCGUAGUCAUGUACAAAGAGCAUUUGAAAAGAAAAUACUGCGCUUGAGUUUGGGAGUGACAUCACAUCUCACGUUUUCUCAUCGGGGGGGAGACAGGUCACGUGUUUUACCAUGCUGCCUGUGCGCGCGCCGUCUGCCACGGCGGUCAACAACAUAGCCUGUCUAGUGGCUACCUAUCAGGAUGCUAACAGUAAAGGAGCCGGAGAGAUACAACAAACGGCUGCAUUUGCUCCCUGGAGACACAGCCAUUACUUCACAUAUCCGUCCAGUAAAGAUGACAAAAAUAUCUCCGUGCGUUGCAAACUCUGCGCAGGCUCAGAAAGACUGUCUGUCGACCGCUAAAAACUCGACAUCCAAUUCAACAAGGAAGACCUUGGAAUUACAGCACAACGCGAAAAAACUCGAAUCAAAGCCGACAGGUGACGAGACAGCCAGCACUUCUACAGUUUGUAACCAGCCUUAAUAUGUGUAAUUAUGUACAUUUUUAUAGUUAGAGUUUGCAAUCAUAGGCGAAGUUUUACAUUUGUGGGACUGGGGGAAAAGCAUGUUGAAGACUGAAACAAAAGUCAAAAGUUUGGACACAUUUCAUGACUUUUGCGUUUUACAUAUUUUCACUACUAUUGUAUAUUCUCACUCAAAACUAUGAACGAACAUGUGGAAUGGCAAAAAAAGUGAAAUACCUGAAAACAGGUUUUGUGUUCUACAUUCUUCAAAGUAUCCACCUUUGAGGUGUCUCAAAUUUUGGCCAAAACUGUAUAUAUAUAUGUACUGUAUAUACACAUCUUGACACUGUUCGAGUUCAAUCAACUGUUCAAGUUGUUGUUGGCAGCGUUUGAAAGCUUAGGUUUAAAGAAAUUCUCCAUCUUGCCGCCUAUGGUGUAGUUUUGGCUUAGCAAAGCAAAGGAUAGUCUCCGAGGUGCUAGUCUCAUGAUCUGUUCGAAAAAUGAUUUUGACCCAUUAUGAAAACUUAACGUUGUAGGAUUUUUGUUCAUUUCAUUAAUUUUUAUUGUUUGUUUUAUUGCGUUACAACUUUUACAGACAACAUUUUAACGGCUAGGUCUUUAUUUCAAAGGAGAAGUUCAGAUUUUUUUACAUUAUGCUUAAUCUUGGAGUUAGCGGGGGUUUAAUUAGUCGUUGGAGUUGAUUUAAACAAAUUUUGUGCAGUUUGUCAGUUAUUUGUUAGUUUUAGGGCUCCGGAAUAGGUAAGCUAGGGCGAGUCAAUGGUGGUCGACUAAUUAAACCCCCGCUAACUAAGAUUAAGCCUUAUGUGAAAAACUCAAUUACACGAAAUGACAUUUUUCAGUUUUUAUGUUGAGGCAGCAAAAGGAAAAAAAAAAUGGUAAAAAGUAACUGAUAAGUUACUUUUAAAGUAAUUUAGUUACUUUGAUAAUAAAGUAAUCAGUAAAGUAACUAGAUUACUUUUUUUAGGUGUAAUCAGUAAUUACAUUUUUAAAGUAAUCCGUGACAACACUGCAAAUGAGGCAGACACAGUUGUUGCGUAUUUUAGUGAAGAAAUACCGUAUUUUUCGGACUACAAGUCGCACCGGAGUAUAAGUUGCACCAGCCAUAAAACGCCCAACGAAGAGAAAAAAGCAUAGACAAGUCGCACCGGAGUACAAGUCGCAUUUUGGGGGGAAAUUUACUUGAUAAAAUCCAACACAUAGAACAGAUAUGUCAUCUUGAAAGGCAAUUUAAUAUAAAAAUACAAUAGAGAACAACAUUCUGAAUAAGUGUACAGUGUAUAGUGCAUGAACAACGAAAUGCGAGUAUACUGUCUUCACCAGGACGCUACGGCUCGGUCCUGGCUAUUCAGCGGGCUAAACUUCCAAAUGACGAUGCUGGGUGUGAGUAUAAUUUGCUGAAUCAAUUUCGUCCUCGGUACCAAACAGGUUCGCAUCAGCGUAAAUAAAUGAUAAUUAGGUGCUUUUACAGCAAUGACAUGACACAAACGGUUAGCAUGCAUUCGCUAGCUUUAGCGCAUCGUUCAAACAACCACACAACUAGCUCUUAAGUGUCCGUUCGCGGGUGGAAAACACACAAAAACAACAAAGAUGAUACACACAGGAGUUGCCUCUGUAGAGAUAUUUUACAAGCAUAAACAAUUAACGUAGGUUCGCAGCAGUGUUUCUCUCUCGCUAACUCGCCCACUCAGUCAGAGCUACGUAGCUGUCGGUCUUCUGGCAUGUGAGCGCUCUCUUCACGUAAACAAGUGCGAGUGCGCUCCCACGUGGGCGUGAAAGCGCCACAAAGAAAAAGCAUGCAUUUCAAUAUAAAAAAGUCAAUAAUACAAUUGACGACACAUUGCCAAAGGCAGAACGCGAACGUGGCCAUAGCUAUUACCUAUUAAGAUAAAUAUAGCAUAAAGAACAUGCUAACAAGUUUACCAAACCAUCAGUGUCACUCCAAAACACCAAAAUAACAUGUGAAAUGAUAUGAUAAUGUGUUAAUAAUUUCACACAUAAGUCGCUCCUGUGUAUAAGUCGCACCCCCAGCCAAACUACAAAAAAAACUGCGACUUAUAGUCCGAAAAAUACGGUAGUCCAAUUUCCACCUAUCCUUGAAGCGUCGGCCGUCGCAGUCAACUUUUUUUGUUGUUGUUGUUGAUUGUUGCCAUUUUAGAAAAUUGGAAGGGUCACACAGGGUAAUGUUCUUGGCUGCUGCCUUUUAGUGGGUAAAUGAGGAUCAGCAUUUAAUGUGUAAGCUACUUCAUAUGCUGGUAGCAGUACUGCUGACCAAUUUAUUAAGUCUGUGUGCGGGCCAUACGUUAUUGAUCUUAUGACAGAGGCUGGGAGCCGGAUGUAAUUUGACCCCGGGCCGUAUUUGGCCCUCGGGCCGCACUUACACAGAUCAGUCGUUCUGGUCCCUUUGCAGAAAAACAGCCCCAAAGCAUGAUGUUUCCACCCCCAUGCUUCACAGUGGGUAUGGUGUUCUUCAGAUGCAAUUCAUUAUUCUUUCUCCUCCCAACACCAGAACCUGUGUUUCUACCAAAAAGUUCUAUUUUGGUUUCAUCUGACCAUAACACAUUCUCCCAGUCCUCUUCUGGAUAAUCCAAAUGCUCUCUAGUGAACCGCAGAAGGGCCUGGUCAUGUAAUUUCUUCAGCAAGGGGACACGUCUGGCAGUGCAGGAUUUGAGUCCCUGGCGGCGCAUUGUGUUACUGAUAGUAACCUUUGUUACUGUGGUCCCAGAUCAUUUGUCAAUCAUUCACUAGGUCCCCCUUGUUAUCAUUUUGACGCCACGGGGUGAGAUCUUGCAUGGAGCCCCAGCUCGAGGGAGAUUAUCAGUGGUCUUGUAUAUCUUCCAUUUUCUAAUAAUUGCUCCCACAGUUGAUUUUUUUUUU